UCAAUUCUCCUCUCUCUCUCUCUCUCUCUGUGGUGGGAGCACUCUACUCUUAGUGAUGGCGGUUCUUGCAGUCGUGUCGUUGUUGCAAAAGUACUUGGGGAACUACGUUCGCGGAAUAUCGGUUGAAGCUUUGAAGAUUAGUGUCUGGGCAGGGGAUGUGCUGUUGAACAAUCUUCAGUUGAAGGCAGAGGCUCUAAAUGCUCUUAAUCUACCAAUCGUAGUGAAAGCAGGCUUUUUAGGGUCGAUACGUCUGAAGGUCCCUUGGAAUAGGCUUGGACAAGAGCCUGUCAUUGUGCUCUUGGAUCGGAUUUUCCUGCUUGCAGAGCCUGCGCAAGAUGAUUGGCUGCGUACGAGUGAAGAUGAGACCGCACGACUGCAGGCCAAGUUCCGCCGGAUUGAUGAAGCGGAGCUGGCCAUGCUUGAGGCAAAGGAAAAGAAGACGUUGGGUGCCGACGCGACUCCUGAGAGCAAAUCCUGGCUACAGUCGUUGAUCAGCACUGUCAUUGGGAACCUCAAGCUGUCUAUCACGAAUGUGCAUAUUCGAUAUGAGGAUACAGUGAGCAAUCCUGGCCAUCCAUUCUGCACUGGAAUCACCCUGGCGAGUCUUGCAGCUGUCACAGUUGAUGAAAGGGGCAUAGAGACAUUUCUUGCACAUGGAGUGAUGGACAAGCUGCGCAAGGUUUCGAGGAAUGGAAUCGCCAGUGAUUGUGCCCCUAUCAACAUUGUGACCACCAAGACCGGAACUAGCACAACCCCGUAUAGUAAGGCACAGGAGGAGAGAGCUGCUCCAAUUUUCCGCGAAAAGAGGGCGAAGAUGGAAAAGGAGCUGAUCUGUCAUGCCAAGAAAUUCGCCCAGUUGGAAGAAGCAGCAGCCAAGAAGAAGCAGAUGGAAGAGGAGAUGAAAAAAAGGAGGGAGCAAGAGGCGAAGUUGGCUGUUGUGGAGGCAGAAGCAGAAGCAGCAGCAGCAGCAGAAGAAGAAGAAGUCGCAGAAGAAGUCGCAAAAGAAGAAGAAGAAGAAGUCACAAAAGAAGAAGAAGAAGAAGAAGAAGAAAUCGCAGAAGACAAAGAGGCCCUGUUGUGGAGGAGGAGGGAAGGGAGUUCCAGUAUGGCUCCACUAGAAGUGGUUGAGAAGGUAGUACGAGAAUGGGUGGCUAAUUUAUCCCUGGGAGCAGACAAAGUAGCGAGGGAUCCCUUGGUGGGAAGAGUUAAUGGUUCCCAGGCUGAAAGGGAGGCGGACUUGCCGCGGCAAGGAGGUCACCAGGAAGGUAGCCUCACGAACGGUGUGAACUUGGAUAAAUGCGAGUUUGGUCGCACCAAGAUCCUGUACCUGGGUCAUGAAAUUUCAGCAGAUGGAUUGAGGCCGGAUGAUGCGAAAGUGGCCAGCAUACGUGAUUGGCCCAGACCUCAGACUGUUACCGAGGUCAGAUCGUUUUUGGGGAUGACGAGCUAUUAUCGUUCGUUUGUGAAGAACUAUAGUACUAUAGCCUCCCCAUUAACGGAUCUAACUCGACUUGGCACCCCUUGGGAGUGGACUGAAGAGUGUGAAGCAAGCUUCAAGAAAUUGAAGUAUGCUCUAGAACACUAUGAAGUUCUCAAACUUCCUGAUCCUGACAAGCCAUUUGUUGUGACCACAGACGCUAGCCAAUAUGGCAUAGGCGCGGUCCUUGCGCAACAGGAAGGGCCCAAGUUGAGACCGAUCGAGUACAUGAGCAAGAAGAUGCCAUCUCAGAAGUUGGCUAAGUCCACUUAUGAGAGAGAGCUCUACGCCCUGUAUAGAGCGCUAGUUCAUUGGAGACAUUACCUCCUAGGAAGAUUCUUCUAUGUGAGGUCGGACCAUGAGACUUUGCGCUGGAUCAAGACACAGCUAGUCUUGUCGGACGCACUCAAGAGAUGGAUUCAAGUGAUAGACAUGUAUGACUAUCAACUUGAUCCUAUCAAGGGUACGUACAACAAAGUGGCUGAUGCGCUAUCGAGAAGGGCAGAUUGUCUGGGCGUGCUAGUUUCUAAGUUUGGCAUAUCUGACGAACUUUCUCGAUCGCUGGUGGAAGCCUAUCAGGGAGACCCAGUCAUGUCAAAGAUCAUUCGUAGAUUCAAGGCAAAGGAUAAGAAGACUUUGGACGAAUUUACAAUGGUAGACAACUUGCUGUUCCUUGAUAAGGCAGGGAAUAAAGGACUAUGUGUCACUAAUAGCGAGUCUUUGCGUAGUUUAUUUUUAGGAGAGUGUCACGAUGCAACUGGUCAUUUUGGCUAUAAGAAGACAGCAGCAAACUUAGUUCAGAGAUUCUGGUGGCCCUUUAUGAUGGAAGAUGCAAAACAAUAUGUUGAAACCUCCCAGGUUUGCCAAAGGGACAAACCGAGGACUCAGGCUCCGCUGGGGCUCAUCAAGCCCUUGCCGAUUCCUGAAGGUCCUGGUCAAAGUGUGUCCAUGGACUUCAUGGAUACUCUUGUGACCAGUAAGUCUGAAAAGAGACACAUCUUCGUAAUAGUGGACCGUUUCACUAAGUAUGCAAGACUAAUCGCUAUGCCAGAAACAGCUAAAACUGACCACAUCAUCAAACUGUUUAUGGACAAUUGGGUUCGUGACUUCGGUUUGCAUACGUCGAUCGUUAGUGAUAGGGAUGUCAGGUUCACUAGUGAACUGUGGCAGUCAACUGCUGAGCAAAUGGGCACAAAGCUCCAGAUGACGUCAGGGAAUCGCCCUGAGUCAAAUGGCCAAGCAAAACAGAUGAACCGGGUAGUGCAGCACCUGCUUAGGCAUUAUAUUAAGCCAAGCCAGGAUGACUGGGACGAAAAGUUACCUCUCGUCGCCAGCCUGUACAAUAAUGUUGUGCACAGCACCACCGGUAUGACUCCCAACCAGCUACAUCUUGGUUGGAAGCCCAGAUCUGCGCUUGACUUUCUGUUACUAGAAAGACAACCUACUGCAGCACCUGGCAGCAUAGAGUUUGCUGUCAAGGAUGAACAGAUGCUGCAGCAGGCCGUUGAACAUAUUCAGAAUUCUCAAGAUGCUAUGAUUGCAUAUGAGAACAAACAUAGACGGCCUUCUAACUUUCAGGAUCUCUACGAGGAGCACGUGCAGAAGCGCGAUCAGCAGUCGGACCUUGCCGGCGAACAUGAAGACGAGUACAAGGACGAGGAUGGUGCGCAGGACGACCCCAUUCUCCUAAUGAGCAAAAUGGGAGUGAAUUUUCUGCUAGAACAUGGAAAUUUGGUACGAUUGGAUCGAUUUGCAAUCUAUCAUGACUCAAAUCAUGAGCCAUGGAAGAUUGACAAGGACUGGGCGAAAUUAACACCUCGGGAAUGGAGUGAGAUCUUUGAACCAGGGAUAAGGAAACUGCGUGCCGAGGUUGGAUCAACUCAAUGGGACGCAGGGCGACAGUAUCUUUUGCAACCGUUGGGCGGGACAAUGACGUAUGUGCGGCAUGGAAAGCAAGAGAAACGAGAGCCUGGGGACCCAUUUCAUAGAGUAGCAUUGACAGUUGAAGAAGUGUCGUUGACGCCGUCUGAGGCACAAUACUGUGAUGCAAUGAAGCUUCUGGAGAAUUUCACGAAUUUUCGUAUCCGCAUGAACUACAGUGACCUCAGACCACACGUGCCAGUGUUGGAGAAUCCAAAAGCAUGGUGGCAAUAUGCAGCACAAGCAGCACUAAGACAGAGGAGGCAGAUUUCGCCUCGUAUGCAGUGGGAGAAUGUGUACCGACUUUGCCAACUUCGCAAGAAGUAUGUCCCUUUGUAUGUGAGCUUGUUGCAAUCUGGAGGUAGAGGUGACCACCCCGAACUUCGUGCGAUGGAAGCAGAACUUGACGAGGAAGUUGUACUCCUCUGGAGAAUGGUCGCACACAUGCAGGUGGAGCGUACAAAAUCGAAAGCAGCGGCGAAUGCUCGCAAAGAUGCUCAGAAAGCGCAGAAGCAAUCAUGGUUGUCCUGGGCAUGGGGUGGUGGCGGAGGAGCACAACCGGAAGGUGAGAGCAGCACAUCAGAGGAGCAUGAGAAUGCUAAGCCUAUAGGUUUGUCCAAGGAGGAAUGGGAUAAGCUAUACGAGCUGAUAAAUUACGAGCCAAGCAUCGGCCUAGCUCCUGGAUUGGGGCAGGAUCCACCUCACAUGAUGCAGAUUGCGGUGAAGCUUGAUAUUGUGAGGUUUGCUGUCGAACUGGUCGAUUCAGGCGGGCAGGUAGUCGGAGGUGCAUUUGAGAACCUGUCAACUGAGGUCGAGAUCUUCUCAAAGAUGAUCAGAUGCAGUCUAGGCCUUGUGAAGUACGGCUUGUCAGCUCCUGAAGGGCAGCUCAUUCAGAGCAUCAAAAGAAGUGGGAGGGAGGACGCACUCAUUGCAAGAUUCGUUUAUUCGCCACUGGAUGAGCCAUUUGACUGGAAACUCAAUGCUGCAAUUGCUCCGUGUUACAUUACGGUCUGGCGCAAGACAUAUGACAGACUCACUAGUUUCCUGAAAAGCAGUGAGGGCGAGAGUCCUGGUGUUGCUUUUGAAACAGCUGCAGCUCUUCAGAGCAAAUUGGAAGAGGUUCAGAGGUCUGCUCAGGAGCAGUUGCAGUUGGCUCUUCAAGAGCAGAGCAGGUUCUUUCUGGAUUUGGAUAUUGAUGCGCCUAAGCUGUCCAUUCCAGCUGAUAUGUCAAAGGAAGGGCCUCGGGGUUCCCAACUGCUUGUCGAUCUUGGUCACUUCAGGUUGCAAACAUCUCUGACCGAGCCAGAGGCUGGAGACCCAGCAGAUGACUCAAAUCUGUAUAUGCAAUUUAAGAUAACUGGCAGUGAUAUAUCGGCUUUUAUUGUUGAUGGGGAGUACAGCUGGUCAGAGGAACGGGUUCUCCACGACAUCAAGGGCCCUGCAUGUUUGGCUGCCUCGCCAGAUGUACCUUCAUCACCAGAUGCAUCGUCGAUGAUCGGAGAAAAGGGCAAGACUGUACUCUUUCUUCCGGUUUUAGAUAAAUGUGGAAUGACUGUUACUUUCCAGCAGAUCCGGGUUGCACAUCCAAGCGUCCCCUCUACACGAAUUGCAGCGCGCCUUCCGUCUUUGGGAUUUCAUUUUUCGCCUGCACGUUAUCAUCGCCUCAUGCAAAUUAUGGCAGUCUUGGGCUCUGAUGACAAGCCAAAGGGUCCUUCAGCAGCUCUUGGAGCUUUGCCCUGGCUACCUCCAUCUUUCUCUGGCUACGUACAAGUCCUUCAGUGGGAGGGAAUAAGCAAGACAACAGCUUGCUGGGAGCGGCGCUAUGCAGUGUUAAGUGGAGCUUAUCUUUACAUUCUGCAGUCCGAGAACUCUCGUACAUACCUGCGCUACACAAGGUUGACUGGCAAAGUGAUGGAAGUGCCGCAGGAGUACAUUGCUGGCUAUAACAAUGUCAUCGCAGUGUCAAAUCGGGGUAUGGAUUACACAAAGGUUGCCGAGUCUGUCCAUGCUAUUAUCAUGCGGCUUCCAACCAACGAGCUGAAGGAAACAUGGAUGAGCAACCUGACAAUGGCGCUUUACAAAACUUCGGGACAUGUUUCGUUGUCAUUGCUGGAAGGUGAAGAAGAGAACGAAGAUGGCAAAUCGAGAGAGCAGCCUUCUGUAGGAAAUCGCCAGCUUCAGGAAAAUGCUGUGGAAGGGGUGUCUGUGUAUCUUAUCGGUGUUCUUGAUGAGCUGAAGAUUUCCAUCAGUGGAAAGUCCGCUCGUGAAGAUGGUGUAUGGUCAGAUGAGGAAUGUGAGCUGUUGGAACUGCAUGCUUGUGGCAGCAAGGUGGAGCUGCGGCAGCGCGAGUUCGACAUGUCCAUUGGCAUAGGGUUGCAUUCUCUGCAAUUUCAUGAUAAACUGUUCGGACCGAGCAAAGUCCUUGCCAGUUCGGUAAUAGCUGAACCACUGUCAGAGGAGGAUGUUACAGGUGGAGUGAACUCAGCGGUGGCAAUGAGUUGUGUGGAGAAUAUGCAAAAGGGCCUUGUCACAAGUUGCUCAUCUGAUCCGUCUGCUGUACCCAGAUCAGCGGAUCCUGAAUCAAGGACAGACGAAAGGGUAGAUGAGGUGCACCAUGUAGCCAAGGAAAGUGGGCAAGGUGGCGGUGAACCAGGUGGAGGGGACAGUCAGGAAAAUUCAGAUGAUGAUGACAACUUCGUGGAUGCUACUGGUGAAUUUGAAUCAUUGCCAUCCUCCCCAACUCAAACAAGAUUCUCUGAUAAGGAAUCGAUCGACCAACAGAUCCUGGGACAGUUUGGACUUCCAGGCAAGCUCACAAGUGAAAGGGCAGCUGAUCUGGGACAGUUUGGACUUCCAGGCAAGCUCACAAGUGAAAGGGCAGCUGAUCUUAGCCCACCGUCAUUUUCAAAGGCACCGGGCCUGCUUGAUUCACCUGAAGAAAAAUCUCGUGCAGUCGACUUUGUGAAGAUGGUCAUUUUCAUGUGCCAAACUGAUUCACCCGAUUACGAUGACACAGAUAUGGAGGUGAAAAUCCAGCUUGCGACACUGGAUUUCUUCCUUAAUAGGCCAGUCAUUGCCGCACUGAUGGAAUUUGGGGGGCACUUAGGUGGGACCCAGAACGAACCUGUGAAGGAUGAGCUUGUUACAGCGACAAUGCAGCAAACGACAUAUGAUCAGGAAACAGAGAAAACAAAACCAGAGACAGAGUGCAUCAGAGGGCUUUUGGGUCGAGGGAAGGCACGGGUUGUGUUCAGACUUUUUAUGGCCAUGGAUUCUGCAAGGAUACAUCUCAACCUUGAAGACGGGUCAGAGCUAGCAUUGUUCUCACAAGACCGGCUGCAAACAGACAUAAAGGUUUAUCCAGCGUCCUUCAGUGUUGAUGCACGCCUGGGCAACUUGCGGGUCUGUGACUCUGCCCUUGGAGAAAGUAACCCGUGGUACUGGAUGUGCGAUAUGAAUGAUGAAGGCAAGGACUCGCUAAUACAGUUGGAGUUGACAUCGUACAGCAAGGAAGAGGAUGACUACCCUGGCUACGACUACCAGCUUAAUGGUGCACUCUCAGCUGUCCGGAUUGUUUUUCUUUACCGCUUCAUUCAGGAGUUGAUGGCAUAUUUCCUAGGCCUGGUCACUGCCCCACAAGUGCAAAAUACAGUGAAGGUGGUUGACAAGGUGCGGGGGAUUGAAAGGCUUAUUGAGCAGUCGGAGAUGGAGGGCGGCCUAGCUCUGAAGCUUGAUGUUUCUAUGGAAAAUCCUGUCAUCAUAGUACCAAGUUCGUCAAACAGCUCUGACUUCAUGCAGCUCAAGCCGGGGCACAUGAAAUUGUCAAACCAUUUCGAAUGGCGUGGUGGAGAUCAAAUCGCUCCUGAAGCCGUUCACUUGGACAUCAUGAAAAUUCAGAUUGAAGACGCAAACUUCAUGGUGGGGUUUGGGGGACUGACCCAACAGCCUAUGGUUCAAGAUAUGGUUGGCUUGAAGGUGAUGUUAAGGAGGCCAUUGCGUGAUCUGUUUCAUGCAGUACCAUCCAUGGAGAUUGAUGUUCAGAUGGACAAACUCCGUGCAGUGAUGUCGAACAAAGAGUACGACUUGAUUACACAGUGUGCAUCCAGCAACUUCGCUGAGGAACCUAAACUUCCAGCAGACUUCAGGCAGCCAUCAUAUCCUCCCUCUGAACAUGGCACUGAUGAGAGCCAGUCCUUGAUAAGCCCUCACGAGCAGCAGUUGGAUGUUGAGGUAUCUUCGGAUGACUCUAUGUCUUUCCAAGAGGAGGACACACAGGCUUUCACAUCCACUCGAAUAACUGUCAAUGUUGGACAUACGGAAUUCGAGCUCUACCAUGGGCAGGAUAGGGAAAGCUCAUUGGCACGACUUGAGGUUUCUGGACUGUGGGUGGCGUACCGAUCAUCAUCAAAUGGAGAGUCAUGUGUCCUCCUGACACUUCCGCUUAUGUCCAUUUAUGACAAUCGCCCGGAUACAAAACCAGAGAUGCGCUUGAUGCUGGGACCCUGCAUGGACCUGGGCAAGGCAGUAAUGAUCUGCAGCAAUCAAGAUCCAGAGGUUGCUGCGAAGCCAGAUAACGCACUUCUGUCCAUGUUUGUUGUGGAUAUGCAAAUGGGACAAAGUGGAACUUCCAUCUUGAUGCGCAUACAAAGGCCCAGGAUCCUUGUGGUUCUGGACUUCCUGCUGGCAGUUGCUCAGUUCUUUGUGGGUUCAUGGCGAGAUGAAAGGAGUGUGGAGGAUGAUCCACUAUGGACACAGGAGGACAUUCGGCUUCAAGAGCCAUUGUUCAAGCAAUCGAGCCCAGUGGUCUGCCUGGGGCCAAUGAAGCAGCUGAUCGUUGAUGCACCUGAUGUGGACGACUUCAUUUAUGAUGGACAAUCAAACACAUUAGUUCUGCCCCCAGUCGAAGCUUCUGAUGGUGCACCUCUCAUUAUUGUUGCUAGCCAGAAGAGGUUGCGAUUCAUGAACGUCCAUAUCAAGAAUGCGCUCUUUCUGGAUAAGUACAUUCAUCUCGGGAGCAACAGCAGUUAUUCCGCAGCAGCAGAGGAUGGGGUGGUCACCAUGGAUCCUCCUUUUGCUGAUGAUGAUGAGGCAGGCGUGGAAGUUUGUUCAGAGGACCUGAAAUCCGGGGGUGUGCAGAAUCAAGAAGAAAGCAGUGACUUUGCAAUUGAUGUUCAGGCCGUGGCACCUGAACUUACAUUCUAUGACGAUACAAAAUGGCCUGAAGGGAGUGCUUUUCGUCCAGAACGGCUUCUUCGUGCAAAGAUGGACUUCCACAUGAUGUAUGCAGGUAAAGGUAAUGGUUUGUGGCUGGCAGUGCGGGUAAAAGGACUAGCAGUGGAAGGGAGCUCAGGUCUUAUGGUGGUGGAGCCAUUUGAUGCAAAUGCGGACUAUGCAUUUGCUGAUGGCAAGACGGAGAUGAACGUUACUUGUGGGGAGAUUGUUGUACGAUUGUCAUUUAAAGUCAUGGCUUUGAUAAGGCAACUUCAUGAGAAUCUUAUGAUGUCGGUAUUCACCGGGAGCGCGCAGUUGGUUCAACUAUGCAGCCACUUUGACAGAAUAUGGGUGAAGGAGACAGGUGACCAGGAUGGCCAAGGUGUUGCCAUGUGGAGACCCAAGGCACCAAGAGGAUUCGUCGUUGUUGGUGAUUGUGCUACAUCCGGAAAUAUGCCCCCUGCGCAGUCAGUGAUUGCCAUCAGUGCUUCCUUUCGGAGAGUGAGCCGUCCUGUGGGGUUCGACUUGGUUUGGUCGUCAUCAGGGGAUAUGUCCAUACCCAAUGCUUCUGGGGUUGACCAAAUCCAAGAGAGCGUUGAAGGUGCAUCAACACAAGGGAGUGCAGCGUCAGGGGCUGAGGAGUUCCGUAUUUGGCUUCCAAUCGCACCUCCUGGCUAUGCCGCAUUGGGUUGUGUGUGUGAGAGAGGAAAGCUACCGCCGUCGACCACCACGAUUUACUGUGUUCGGACUGACUUGCUCACAUCGACCGUAGUCAGUGACUGUGUUUACUACAUUCACUCAGAUGAUGGGGAUAACAUUCCACUUGCCAUUUGGCGGAUUGAUAACUCAGUGGGGACUUUUUUUGCUACAACGGGUUUCAGUUCGGCUCCCCGCUCAGUGGCACGAGAUGUGAGUGAAGUCCUGCGAUUCCGCAGGAUGUUUGGUUUGGAGGGAGGCAGGCCAAACGAGAAUGAGGGGCAGACGACACCUGGUGAAAAGGUCCCAUCCAGUGGGCCCAGGCUUGAUUCUCUGUUGCAUACUGAGCUUUACACAAGUGUCGGGAAGUUUGAUAGAGUGUGGUGGAACCAGGGCGGAGAGUCAAGAAGACCCGUAUCAGUCUGGCGACCAUCACCACCCCCUGGUUAUUGCAGCCUUGGUGACAUCGCUGUCAAAGGUUACGAGCCUCCGGCUUGUGGAUUGGCCAUCCUGGAUGACGACUCUGGCAUAGUUGCAAGGCCAGAGCGGUUCAUUCUGAGGGCAAGGUUACAGGGGAAAAAGGAGGCAUCUGUAUGGUAUCCCAGAGCUCCACAGGGAUAUGUGGCACUUGGAUGCAUUGUCGUGCAAGGAUUCUAUCCACCAUCUCCAGAUAUAGUGAGAUGUGUACGGCAGGACCUUGUUGAUCUGGCAAGCUACGAUGAGAGCCCCAUCUGGACCAGCAAGGCAAGCAAGAGGGGACCUUAUAUCAGCUUCUGGAAAGUACAGAACCAGGCACAAACAUUCUUGUGUGUUCCAGAUGACAGCAGUCUAAGGAGGCAAGUUCCAAGGAAACCACCUCCGAGUUUGGCCUGUGAUUUGAAAGGGCUCGAAGCGGAACAACUGCCUGACAACCUAAGUGUUAAUGUCCAUGUUGACAGACUCUCCUGUACUCUCUUUGAUAACUUUGCAGGAACGAUGCUGCCUCUGGUUGAAGCGACAGCAGGAAAUCUUUAUGCUAGUUCAGUCGGCCGGAUGGAGACGCCAAUUGCUGUGGCUAUGGUGUGGCUUAGCGCAUCGACGUUCAACAACAACCUUGGGGUGUGGGAGCCAUUUGUGGAGCCUUUUGAAGGCCUGCUGAAAUAUGAAUCAAAUACAGAUGCAGGCAACAUAACUGGAGGCAGCACUAUUGGAAUCAAUGCAAGCAACGUCGUGAAUGUGAACUUGGCCUGUGCUGGAGUGAAUACAUUGAUUAAUGCAUAUGCUGCUCUGCUGAAGAAUGCCAAGCUUGAAGAAAUUGCCAAGAAGCAAUUGUCCAGGGUAACGAAAAAUGCGAAAGAUGAAGAUCGUAAUGAACAAGCCCUUGUUCAAAAACUUACCAGAUCAGCACUGGAUGAGGAGAACUUGCUGAAAGUGGUGGUUAUCAAUCAUACAGGAGCUGAUCUAUUUCUGCGGACAGCGGACAAUUUCUCUGAGGUCCAAUCAAUCAGCCCAAAUGAGGAACUUCCAGUUCAUGUGCCACCACCAACUUUCCCUCAGGCUACUUUGCCCAAGUCAGAGCAAAGUCGUCAGUUUCUUGCAGUCCGUGUAGUCCAAGGAAAGAGACUUCCAGUUCCAUCAGGUGAGGUGACAGGAGUGGAGUAUCUUUGUACGCUCCGACUCAAUCUGGACAAGCUUCAAACGAAGGAAUAUGAGAAGACUUUGCCACAGAUUGCACGGACACGCAGCAUACGGUCAUGCAUCGGCAUGCAAGAAGGGCAGUGCCAACCAAGCCAGGCAGUUUGGAACGAGGUUUUCAUCUUUGAAAUCCCUCAUGAGGGAGAAGCAUCCUUGGAGGUGGUGGUCAUAAAUCAAGCAGCAAAUGGAGGGCAAGGUGUGCCUAUUGGAGAAGCAAUAAUUCCUAUUAGAGAAGGGACUACAACGGAAGGGCGUCGAUGGAGCUCACUGAAAGACCUUUUAGCAAGAGGGACAGAGAUUGACUGGAGAACCGUUCCUCAUGAUGACUAUUCACUUAGUCCACUUUCUCCAAGCUCAUCAGAGGUGGGUGAAGAACAUGAUCGUGGAAGGUAUACUUCUAAGCCAAAUGGAGAGGCAAAAAAUCUGGGGUAUGUGACAGUGGGGCAAUGUGUUUUCUCCAUUGGGCCAAAGCUUGAUUUUCAUCAGAUCAUCAAGCGGAAACCAAGUUUCAAUGAUGAAAGAGAGCAGGGGAGCAUUCAGGUCAGCACAAGGUCAAGCGGCCCUUGGACUGGAUUCAAGUCCAACUUCGCUUUCACGACGAUUGCCAAGACAGUGAACGGAGUGAACCUGGCUGUCUUUGUGCAACACAAACAGACCUACAAGUGCUUAGAAUUCCGGAGCCUGGCAGUUUUACAGAACAGUUGUAAUAUCCCAUUGGACGUGAGUCUCUGCCAUCGCUGGCUUGCAGAAGCAGACGACAAAGAGAUUGAAAGCAAGCCCGGAGAGGAGGUGGAAGAGGAGAUGUUUGAGAAUCAACGCUACUCACUGCUUGGUGGCUGGGGAAGCAAGUGGCCAGGACAUUUGCUCCCAACAGACCCAGGAAGAUUCAGCAACCGAGAUAACUCCAGAUAUUCACAGACUAUGCUCCAAAUACCGCUGCCACGUGGAUGGAAAUGGUCUAGUGAUUGGCAGAUUGACAAGCAGGCAUAUGUUGAUAAAGAUGGAUGGUACUAUGGAAAGGAUUUCGGCAAUAUGCCAUGGCCACCGCCGUCUCCAAGGUCACGGACAAGAGGGCCACUGGAUUUGGUGCGAAGGAUGAGGAGAGUGCGCAAGCGUGUUCGGGAGUUGGAUGCGUCAGCCAUGGGUCGACGAUUAUUGGGGGUCCUCCAGCCAGGAGGUCGGAUGGUAUUUCCAUGGCAGGCUAUGGAACCAGACUCAGACUUUUGUGUUCAAGUAAGACCACAUGUGCCCACCAUGGAUGGCGUUUUGUGGAAUUGGGGGAGAGCCAGGUUGGCAGGAGAUACAUCAUACCCCCGAAGCAGUGAUGAGGAGUCUGACAAGAGGGAAUCCUUUCAGGAAAAGGUGACAGCCUCGCUCUUCAUGUUGAGUCAUCUGACAACGACACAGGAGCUACUUGUAUGUGUACCUAUGAGGAGCAGCUCCUCACCGAGGCCCUCAAUGGAAGAGUCCAUGUGGUUGUGCAUGGAGAGCAGUGUAUCUCCGCUCCCGAGUGAUUCGGUCUCAGCCGUGAAUGAUUGGCAGUUGAUUGUCCGUCCUCCUCUGAUAAUUGAGAACCUCCUUCCGUUGAGAGCAGAGUUCAAGGUAUACGAGAAGGCCAGCAUGGUAUCAAAACCCGUGCUGCGCUUGCAUCAGGUUGCAGUUUCGGGGCAGGGAGUUCAUGUUUAUACAGCGGAUAUUCGGAAGCCUGUGCUUCUCCGAUGUGUUCCUGAUGGUGGAUGGAAACCAGAAAAGGAAGCCGUGCUCAUUUUUGACCUGGUGUCAGGUCUUCCACCAAGCUUUAUGCUGCUGAAUCAGUACAGCUCCAGGAAACUGAGAGUUCUCAUAGAGCGUGACCGGGGCGACACGGAACGGUCUCCGAUCAUUGUGAGACUGUCUGUGCCAUACUGGUUAACAAACGCAACUGGUCUGACACUAGCGUACCGCAUUGUGGAAGUGGAACCUGCCGGCGAGCUGAAGAGUCCGGACAGCUUGUGGCUGGCCAAAGCAGAAAAGGCAUCCAAGAAGGCAAAACGGUUGGGAGUCGACGGUAAAGGAGGAGAGAGGUCAGCCGUGCCUUUGAGAACACUGGAGGAGCUGGAGGACACACCCAAUGGAGAGCCCAUCAUGUUGUCAAUACAUAAUCUGGACCGCAUCGGCCUUUCUGUUGCAAUGACGCGAAGCGGGGCUUUCAACUCAGCCAUCCCUUUCAAAGAGUUUGAUGAGACGGCUGACCCGAUUAAAAUUGAGGCUAUGGAUCCGAAGGGUCACUAUGUCCAGCUCUCAGCGACUGUUGAUAUGUCUUCGGCAGGGAACGAGCGAACUAAGGUCAUUAAACUACUCCCCUGCACUCUCUUUCUGAACCGGGUGGGAAAGAUGCUUAUUUUGCGCCAGGAGUUGAUGAAGAAUGAAGUCGUCAUUGACCAGAAUGGAGGGGGGAAACCCAUGAAGUGGGAAUCAUCUCAGGGGGACCUGGGGAUAGCCCAUCAGGAGGAGCUCUUGCAGAUUCGAACUGAGGAUUCGGAUUGGAGUCAACCCUUUGGUGUGGACAUGGAGGGGUCUGUACAUGUUAGGGUGCGAGCUAUGGCAAAUGGGAGGAGAGAAACGAUCAGGGCUGAUGUCAUGAAAGGCUCCCUAAGGUCAAACAUGGUGGUUGUCUUCAGGAGACCUACUGUCCAAGGACCAUACAGGAUUGAGAACAGGACAGCAAUGUUGCCGAUACGCUUCAAGCAGGCACAGACAGAUGAGGAUUCGUGGCACAUCGUCAUCCCCGGUUCGACAUCGUCUUUUGCGUGGGAGGAUUUGAGGAAGCGGCAGGCUUUGGAAAUAAUGGUGGAUGGCACAAAGCAAUCUUUCAUGGGUGUGUAUGAUAUUGACAAGCCUGGCGUUUACACUCCAAUGUCCUCCAGCAGGGUGGUGAGCGCAUUGCGUCUUUGCAUAUUUGAGGAGUUGGGGGUCAAAGUCGUGCGGCUAGAAGACCUCAAGCCUGCUGACAGUGAGACAACGUCGAUCAUCCCUCGCGGAUCUUUUCAUCGUCCUUCAAUGAGCGAGAUCAUGAUUCCGACCACUUCUGCCCGCUUUGCUUAUCCGGAGACUGGCCCCCAAUCGCCUGAGGGGAUAACUCCGUCAAAUACAAAUGCCAAGCGGACUAUGACUGCAAAGAAGUUCAAUAUGGUAAUCAAAAUGGAGGACUUUGGCAUUUCCAUUAUCAACGACAAAUUGCAAGAGCUGCUCUACAUAUCGAUGCAAACUGCAACACUGUCCUUCAUGACAGGGCUAGGCGAGGGCAUCAACAGAAUAAAGUUCAAGCUCAGUCGCUUGCAGAUCGAUAACCAGCUUCCUGAGACCUCGAAGCCCGUUUUGUUGGCUCCAUACUUUUAUGGGAGAGGGAAGGAGGCCCCUUCUUCAAGGUCCGAUAUUGUUAUGAAGUUCAUCGUCACCAGGGUUGAAGACGAGAACAGCAAAGUGGAGGUGUAUCCUCACAUUGGCAUCCAGUGUUUCUGCGACCAGUGGCUAUUGAAUAUUCAUGAGCCCAUUUUGUGGAGGCUCCAGGACUACUACAAUCAACUAGAUUUCAGCCAGCUGUCCCUUCAAGAUGAGUCGCAGACUGUCAGCGUUGAUCCAUACGUCAGGAUCGGGUUACUGAUUCUGUCAGAAAUACCUAUUCGGGUGUCGUUGGCCAUGGCACCGAGCUUGCGCCCGAGAGGUGUCCUGGGCUUCUGGGCAAAGCUAGCUUCCUCCAUCAGCAAUACAAACAAUCUAUCUAUAAAGCUCCAUGGGCGAAUGAAGGAAAACAUCUGCAUGCGAAAGAGCGAGGUCCUGAGUUCGACUCUACGCAAUGUGAGGAAUGACCUCUUGAGUCAGCCAUUCCAGCUACUGUGGGGCCUCAGUGUUCUUGGAAAUGUAAGCACAGCCCUUGGGCAGAUGAGCGAAGAGAUGGCAGCACUCUCGAUGGACAAGAAAUUCCUGCGCAGCCGAGAAAAGGAAAGCAAGCAGCCCGUCGAGGAUAUUGGGGACGGGUUGCUGGAAGGCGGUCAAGCUCUAUUCAAAGGAGUGUUCCGUGGCGUGUCCGGACUUGUGCUUAAGCCGCUGGAAGGCGCGAAGGACGGGGGCGUUGAAGGAUUUGUACAUGGAGUGGGGAAGGGGAUCAUCGGGGCAGCGGUGCAGCCGGUGAGCGGAGUGCUGGAUUUGCUGUCGAAAACAACAGAUGGUGUGAAUGCGACGAAGUUGAAGCUCGCAGCAAUGGUGAAGGCAGAGCAGGAGGUACCGUUGCAUGGGAAGGAGCAGCAGCAGCAGCAGCAGCAAUAUAGGAGUGAGGAGGAAGAGGAGUUUGUCAUAGAGUGCACAGAGACAUCACAGAUAUAGCUACAGUCAUUCAGCAGUGUCCCAAACGGGAUGCUCGAGGCAUCACAGUUAGUCCUUACGUCAGUCGUUUAUUGUACCCCUUGCAUGGGAAAGAGGAGGAGGAGGAAGAGUAGUUUGUCGUAGAGUAUACAGAGGCAUCACAGAUAUAGCUGCAGUCAUUCAUCAGUGUCCCAAGCGAGACCCUCGUCACUCGUCUGUUCAUUUCUAGGCGCAGUCAUUUGCCCAUGUACGGUAUGGAAGCAACGCUAGGCAUCCCGGAAGGGCAUGUCUGUGAGGAUCCCAAUGGAACACAUGCUAUGACGUCAGUCGUUUAUUGUACCCCUUGCAUGGGAAAGAGGAGGAGGAGGAAGAGUAGUUUGUCGUAGAGUAUACAGAGGCAUCACAGACAUAGCCACAGUCAUUCAUCAGUGUCCCAAGCGGGACCCUCGUCGGCCGUCCGUUCAUCUCUAGGCGCAGUCAUUUGCCCAUGUACGGUACGGAAGCAACGCUAGGCAUCCCGGACGGGCAUGUCUGUGAGGAUCCCAAGGGAACACAUGCUAUAAAGGAUUGCAAAGUAGCCGUGUGUGUGAAGGGGGCCGCCCACGUCUUGAAUAGAAAUUGGAUGCAUGUGAGCAUCAUCUGCUUCUCUUUUUUUUUGAAAGGAUGAAGAGGCAUUUCAGUUAGCGAAAGAUGGUAGUGGAGCAGCAGUAAUCAAAUGUAAUAAUAUGUCGAAAUUGUGUUCUGAUGUGAACUUGUGAACUCGUUUCUUUUUUGUCUUCCCCGUGAAGGCUGACGGCUUCUGGAUUUCAUUCUCCAAUGGAUUCUCGUUCUGACAAUUCCACGCAGAAAUGCGGAAUGGAAUCAAUAGAUAGAGAUGGGGAAUAGAUAAUAGGAGAUUAGAAAAAGACAGAGAUGGGGGCCAUGGGGCAUAGAAUAAUAUACGAAGGAGCUACUACGAAGGGAGAUGGAAAGGAGCGUGAGACUGAAACGUUGCGGAGAGUUUAGUUAGGGGUGUGUGAGAGGAGAUGAAGAGAACUGAGAGAAGCCAUCCCUAGUACGAGAGGACUGGGAUGGAUCAACCUAUGGUGGACUGGUUGUCAUGCCAGAGAUUGGCAGUGGCAUUUCGCCGGGUAGCUACGUUGGUAUGGGAGGACCGCUGUGUGUGUUCUCAAUUUUUUUCUUGUGGCGUUUAAAUCUUUGGCCAACAAGUAUUUUUGGCCAACAAGUAUCUUCAAUAGAAGCAAUACUGUAAA